AGUGCGCCAUACACCAUACACGUGUUUUGUCGUUGUGAUUUGAGUUUGUGGGUUUGUGGAAGUGUGUAGUUCGUUCAGUUUAGAUUGGUUAUGGCCUCGUUGAGAAAGAAUACACCGAAAGGAGUCAUUUCACGCUUCACAAAAUCUGUAGACAAAAAGAAGAUCGCUCAUCAUUCUCAAGAUGAAGAGGACACGGACUCCAGUGUGUAUUCAGACUUGGAAGAAAAUGAUGAUGCAGGUUCUUCAAGCGAGGAAGGAGACCCAGAAGGAGGAAGGAGAUCCAGUACAAAUGUUGCCAGUGCACAUUUUGGCAGUAGUGAUUCCGCUGAUGAGGAAGAUGAGCAGUCAGGCGCUGAUAGUGAGUCUGAUGAGGAAACGAAAAAUAUCACAUUUUUGGGAGGUGAAGACUUGAAAACCAAGGAGGAUAUAGAGAAGUUGCCUCCUAAUGUGCCCACAAAGAGAUCUGCGAGGGAACACAAAAAAGGAGUUGAUAGUACAAAGGGCAGUACAGAGGAAACGCCAGUGGCUCAAGUUGACGAGUAUGCCUUCGAUUCAUCAGACGAAGAGGACAUUAGGAACACCAUAGGCAACAUUCCGGUGGAGUGGUAUGAAAAUUAUCCUCAUAUCGGAUAUGACCUCGAUGGAAAACGAAUUUUGAAGCCACCCAAGGGGGAUGAGCUAGACGAAUUCCUGAAGAAGAUGGAUGAUGCAAACUAUUGGCGUACAGUCAAGGACAAAUCUACAGGCCAGCAAGUUGUCUUGACAGAUGAGGAUGUGGAUUUAAUUCAGAGGCUUCAACAUGGCCGCUUCCCUAACCCCAAAAUUGAUGUGUAUGAGAAAUUUGAGGAUAUAUAUUCCCAUGAGAAGAUGAUACAUCCCGUCACAAACCAACCUGAACACAAGAGGAGUUUUAUUCCUUCAAAGAUCGAGAGCCAGAUGGUAUCUCGAAUGGUUCAUGCCAUCAAAAUGGGUUGGAUCAAGCCUCGAGCAGAGAAGGUUAAGGCUUCCAGGUUUACACUGCUCUGGGAUAAAGAGGAGGAAGAGACACCAGAUGCAAGAAUACAGAGGUACAUACCAGCCCCAAAGAUGAAGCUUCCAGGUCACGAAGAAUCUUACAAUCCACCACCUGAGUAUCUCUUUACCAAGGAGGAGGAAGAGAAAUGGCGAGAGCAAGAGCCAGAGGAACGAAAGCUCAAUUUCAUUCCUCGCAAGUUCUCCAGCCUGCGUGAAGUUUGCUCUUAUCAAGAGUUUAUCAGAGAAAGAUUUGAAAGGUGUCUUGAUCUCUAUCUCUGUCCCCGCCAGAGGAAAAUGAGAGUGCAAGUUAAUGCUGAAGACCUCAUCCCAAAGUUGCCAAAGCCAAAGGACCUGCAACCAUUCCCAAGCCUUCAGUACAUUGUGUACAAGGGGCACACUGAUGUUGUACGCAGCUUAACCAUUGAGCCCUCUGGCCAGUUCUUUGCAUCGGGAAGUGACGAUUGCACUGUACGAAUAUGGGAAGUGCUCACUGGACGCUGCAUGAAGGUUCUGCAUUUCAAGGCAGCCGUAAAAAGUGUUGCAUGGUGCCCCAACCAAAGUGUGCGCCUCAUUGCUGUAGCUGCUGGCAAGAAUGUGCACAUUGUAAACCCUGGCAUUGGUGACAAGCUCAUAGUCAGUAACACAGAUACAUUAAUUGGAGCUGUACCGGAGGAUUAUAACAAAACUGGUCGAAAAGAAGCAGCACAAUGGGAACAGGCCAGUGAAGAGGAGCAUGGGCAAGGAGUGCGCGUGAACGUUGUCCACAAGAACCCUGUUGAGCAAGUGACUUGGCAUGCCAAGGGUGAUUACUUUGCAGUUGUAAUGCCUGGUUGCAGCAGUGGAUCUGUCCUUAUCCAUCAGCUUUCUUUGUGGCGGUCACAGCCUCCAUUCAGCAAGGUGAAGGGCGAUAUAUCAAAGGUUCUGUUCCACCCAAUUCGACCGUACUUCUUUGUGGCAUCACAACGUUUUGUGCGGGUGUAUAACCUUCUGGAGCAAGAUCUUUCCAAGAAGCUCAUCAGCAACUGCAAGUGGCUCUCAAGCAUUGCAAUUCACCCAAAGGGUGACAACGUGAUCGCCGGAAGUUACGAGAACAGACUUUCAUGGUUUGACAUGGACCUUUCAACAAAGCCUUAUAAAACUCUGAGAUAUCACAAGAAGGCUAUUAGGCAAGUCACAUAUCACAAGAAAUACCCGUUGUUCGCAUCUGCAUCUGACGACGGCACUGUUAUCAUUUGCCAUGGAAUGGUUUACAGUGACUUGAUGGAGAACCCUUUGAUUGUACCAGUAAAAGUGCUUCGUGGCCACACUAUAAACAAGGACAUGGGUGUCCUGGACUGUGCUUUCCAUCCUCAUCAACCCUGGAUCAUCACAGCUGGGGCAGACACAACCUUGAGACUGUAUGCAUAAUGUACAUAAAGUUGUUGCAAAUAUAA